AUGUGCCACUUUCAGGUCUCCUCACACUGCUGGCUGGGUUCCAUUUUGUCAUAGGAUGCUGGCAGAUUACGGGCCUCACAUUGCUGCUGCCAGGCCCCUAAUCUGCCAUGGGCCCCUGUACCGCCUCCUCACGCUGCUGCAAGGUCCACAUGUGUGUCAUGGGUCCCUGUACCCCUCCCAUUGCUGCUGUCUCCAUCGCCACACUCUGCCAUGUGCCACUUUCAGGUCUCCUCACACUCCUGCUGGUUUCCAUUUUGUCAUAGGGUGCUGUAUGGCCUCCCAUUGCUGCUGCCUCCACCGCCACACUGUGGCUCCAAACACUGGUUUUUGGCCCCGUGACUGGCCAAAUGAGUGAAGUGUGCGGUGAUUCUAAGAUCGACGGCAACUCAUCUGCAUGUCAUACUG